AUGGAUCCCCUAAACCUCUCUUGGUACAACGGUGUCAUCGGUGACAGGAACUGGAGCAAGCCACUCAACGAGUCCAAUGCAGACCAGAAGCCUCAGUAUAACUACUAUGCCAUGCUGCUCACCCUCCUCAUCUUUGUCAUUGUUUUUGGCAAUGUGCUGGUGUGUAUGGCUGUGUCGAGGGAAAAAGCCCUUCAGACUACCACUAAUUACCUGAUCGUGAGUUUGGCAGUGGCAGAUCUCUUGGUAGCAACUCUGGUCAUGCCUUGGGUGGUCUAUCUGGAGGUGGUUGGUGAGUGGAGGUUUAGUCGGAUCCACUGUGAUAUCUUUGUAACCCUUGAUGUUAUGAUGUGUACUGCCAGUAUCCUCAACCUCUGUGCCAUCAGCAUUGACAGGUACACAGCAGUAGCAAUGCCAAUGCUGUAUAAUACUCGCUACAGCUCGAAGCGCAGGGUCACGGUCAUGAUUGCUGUGGUCUGGGUGCUUUCAUUUGCCAUCUCCUGCCCACUCCUCUUUGGCCUCAACAACACAGAUGAGAAUGAGUGCAUCAUUGCCAAUCCUGCCUUUGUCGUGUAUUCCUCUAUCGUCUCCUUCUACGUUCCCUUCAUUGUCACCCUGCUGGUGUACGUGCAGAUUUACAUAGUGCUCCGGAAGCGCAGGAAGCGUGUCAACACCAAGCGCAGCAGCCACGGCCUGGACUCAGACACGCAAGCCCCGCUGAAGGACAAAUGCACUCAUCCAGAAGACGUCAAGCUCUGCACAGUUAUUGUGAAGUCCAAUGGGAGUUUCCAAGUUAAUAAGCGCAAAGUGGAGGCGGAGAGUCACAUAGAAGAGAUGGAAAUGGAGAUGGUGUCCAGUACCAGUCACCCUGAGAAAACGAUCAUCAAACCUGCGGCACCAAGUAACCAUCAGUUGGUUGUGCCAGUUGCUUCUAAUCAGGGCACCAACUCAACCCUGCAGGCACCCUUGGACAGCCCUGGGAAAGUAGAGAAGAAUGGACAUGCCAAAGAAACACCCCACACAGCCAAGGUCUUCGAGAUCCAGUCUAUGCCCAAUGGCAAGACAAGGACCUCUCUCAAGACUGUGAGCAGGAGGAAACUGUCACAACAGAAGGAGAAGAAAGCCACUCAGAUGCUAGCCAUUGUACUUGGUGUUUUCAUUAUCUGCUGGCUCCCAUUCUUCAUCACUCACAUCCUGAACAUGCACUGCGAUUGCAACAUCCCCCCAGCAAUGUACAGCGCCUUUACGUGGCUUGGAUAUGUCAACAGUGCUGUCAACCCAAUUAUUUACACCACCUUCAACAUUGAAUUUCGCAAGGCUUUCAUGAAGAUCCUCCACUGUUAA